CAUUUAUGGUUUAACAUAUUCGUAGGAAAAAGUGAAACAGACGAAUGCAUUCAAAGGGAUGAUGGUUAAGGUUUUCUCUAUAUUUUCCUUUAGGAAUUAAUUCCAAGCUUCAGUUUGAAAUUAUGCCAGGAACUUCAUUCAAGUUGUUCCAGAUAAAUUCUGAGACUGGGGAGGUAGUGACAGCCGCCACACUUGACAGAGAAGCUCGGGAAGUCCUCACCCUUCGAGUGCUCGUGCGUGACGGGGGAGCCCCUGCUCUGUCCGGGACCACAGUGAUUCUCUGCACGGUGGGAGAUGAGAAUGACCACGCACCAGAGAUUGUUGUCCCCAGGGAUGACAUAGAGGUUCUGGAAAACCAAGAGCCAGGCCUUGUCUACACCGUUUUGGCUUCUGAUAUGGAUGCUGGCAGCAAUGGUGCUGUCACGUAUCAUAUAAUUGAUGGAAAUAUUGAUGAGUACUUUGCUAUUAAUGAAGUGUCCGGAGAACUCUCAACCGCUCGCGCUUUGGACCGGGAGGAAGUCAGCAACUUCACCCUUGUCAUCCUGUGUGCCGAUCUGGGGAGCCCACCGCAAAGCUCCACGGCGCAGCUGCAGGUCAGAGUUCUGGACGACAAUGACCACAGCCCUUCCUUCCCUAGGCUCCGGUACCAGGCUUCUGUGAGAGAGGACGCUCAGGUGGGAACCACGGUUCUCGUGCUCUCCUCUGCGGACAAGGAUGAGGGCCCGAACGGGCAAACCAAGUAUUCUCUGGUGCAUGAGGCUUCCGGGGCGUUCACCAUCGAUCCCGUGGCAGGCACGCUGAGAACCAGCCGUGCCCUUGACCGGGAAGCCAGGUCUGAGCACGUGUUUAAGGCUGUGGCCAGAGACUGUGGUGUCCACGGCUCACGAAGCACCACGGUGCUUAUCAAAGUACAUGUCACUGAUGUCAAUGACAACGAUCCAGUUUGGGAACAGAACCCCCUUGAUAUUUUUCUUUCUUCUCAGUCACCUACAAACCAGACAGCUGCCAUCCUCAGAGCCAGUGACCCAGACUCAGGGCCCAAUGGUACCGUCAUGUUCAGCUUUUCAGAGCCCCAGUCAAUGUUUUCUAUUAAUGAAUACACAGGAGCAAUUCAACUUCAGCAAAUUCCAUCUUCAGAAUAUUUUCCUAUCUGGCUGCAGUUAAAAGCUGUGGAUCAGGGGGUCCCAGCCAGGACAACCACUGGUCUCUUGGUCAUUCACAUGGAGGGAGAAGAUGUAAGGAUUUCCUUCAGCCAGCAUCUGUAUAAAGGGAUCGUGCCUGAAAAUUGUGAGGCAGAAUCCAUUUCUCCCGAUCCUUUCUGUGGCUUCUCAUGCUUCAGAGUUCAACUGGAAUGUCAUUCCUCUGAGGCCUCUGCAAAGGGGUGUUUACCUCCCCAGCAGCAGAAGUAUUUUCUAUCAGGUACUUCUGUUGUGACUAUAAAAGCUUUUGCUCCAGACUCAAUUCAGGACAGUAUUAAAUACUCAGUUUUUCAUGGAAAUGAAGAUGGAGUUUUCUCCUUGAAUUCUAAAUCAGUAACAGAACACGACAGCAGGCUGAAUGCCCUGUUUGGUGGAGACAGAGCUCCAGAUGAGAGCCUUGAAUCCACGUCAACUGGGGGCCCUCUCUCAUUUGGAGGAGAAGUCACUGUGAAAGAACCCAAGUUUCUUGAUUUUGAAGUCAGAAAAGAAGUUCAACUCAUCGUUUUAGCUGAAAGUAGGGGGCAUAGAGCCUACAGCAAAGUAGCAGUCUUUAUCCAAGAUCUGAACGAUCAUCCACCACACUUUGAGCAAACUGUUUACCAAGCAUCAGUGUCUGAGGGCCAGUUCUACAAUCAUCACAUUGUACAGGUUUUUGCCACAGACUUGGACAGUGGGUUGAAUGGCCUCGUGGAGUAUUCCAUUCUCUCUGGCAACGAAGGAAAAGUGUUCCACAUGGAUCCGCUGAGUGGUGUGCUAACAGCAAAUGUGAUCCUGGAUUACGAGAACAGCAGCGCCUACAGUUUGAUUGUACAAGCAACAGAUAAAGGCAUGCCCAGGCUUUCUGAUACAACUGUGAUCAAGAUACAGGUGACUGACAUAAAUGACAAUGCCCCAACUUUUCUCCCCUCUGAAGCAGUGGAAAUUGCAGAAAAUUCUUUGCCUGGCACGAUUGUGACUCGGAUAUCAGUUCAUGAUGUGGAUUUGAAUCCAGCUUUCACCUUCAGUUUUGUCAAAGAGAGUAAUUCUGGAACCAAAUUUGCUAUUGAUCGGAACACUGGGGUAGUGGUGCUGGUUGAAACACUGGAUUUUGAAGAAGCUACUAAAUAUGAGCUACAGAUCCAAAUUUCAGAUUUGGUGCACCAAACAGAGGGGACACUCAUUGUCCAUGUGCUGGACAUCAAUGAUAACCCACCAGUAUUCUCUCAAGAUUCUUACCAGGUCACCAUUUCCGAACUGGUGCCUCUGGGGCACCCAGUGCUAACUGUUGUGGCCACAGAUGUGGAAAGCAGUGAGAACAUCACUUACAGGAUCCUUUCCUCUUCUAAGAUGUUUUCAGUUGAUCCUACCAAUGGCACAAUAUUUACUAUCAAUCCUGUCUUCCUUAUGGAGAGAAAAUCAACAAUUCGAUUUCUUGUUGAAGCCAGUGAUGGUGGAUUUCCUGACCUGAAGGCUGUUACCUUAGUGGAGACAGAAAUACAAGAUAUGAACAAUUAUGCCCCUGAGUUUGAAGUAGAAUAUGAUAAUCUUAGCUUAAGUGAAGACACUCCAGUUGGAAGCACACUUGUCACCUUCUCAACCAUUGACCAUGACUGGACCCGUGAAAACACACAUGUUGAAUAUUCUAUCAUCAGUGGUAAUUCACAGAACAAUUUCCAUGUGGAAACUAGUUUUAUUAAUUCAGAAUACUCUUAUAAGCAAGUUGGUUAUCUAGUGUUGCUUCACCAUCUGGACAGAGAAGCAACUGCCAGUCAUGAGCUUGUCCUUCUGGCAUUUGACCAUGGUUGCCCUCCACUGAGUUCCUCAACCACUGUAUCAAUAGAAGUCCUAGAUGUGGAUGAUAACCCACCUGCAUUCAGCAGUCUGGAAUAUUAUGCCCACAUCAAGGAAAGUGCCCCUCCAGGGAGUCCCAUCAUCGUGGUCUCAGCAAGUGACCAUGAUGUGGGCUCACAUGCAGAAGUCAGCUACUACUUAACCUCUGGAAAUGAGAAGGGGCAUUUUUGCUUAGAAGAAAAAACUGGAGUUCUUUCUUUGAUUAAACCACUAGAUUAUGAAGAAACAAUAAAAUUCACUUUAACUGUCCAAGCUUCAGAUGAGGAAAAGAAGCAUUUUUCUUUUGCAGUUGUGUUUGUCAAUGUCCUGGAUGAUAAUGACCAUGCACCUCAGUUUAUGUUUCCAAACUUGAAGUGUGCUGUUCCUGAAAAUCUACCUGUUUUCUCCACCAUAUGCUCUGUAAACGCUUUGGAUUUUGAUGCAGGCCCUUAUGGAGACUUGACCUAUUCCAUUGUAUCACCCUGUCCUCUCCCUCAUGAGAUGCCACGUGAGCAUAACUUCUUCCUCAUUGACCCUCUAACAGGGGAUAUUAGUGCUCAGCAAGUCCUUGACUAUGAAACUGACAACAGAUACUGCCUCAUAGUUCAGGCCAAAGACAAAGGUGACUCAACAGCCUCCUUAAUGGUUUGGGUGGAUGUUGAAGGGAUAGAUGAGUUUGAACCCAUUUUCACUCAGGAUCAAUAUUUUUUCAACCUCCCAGAAAAGAGUAAUGUAAGACAUUUGAUUGGCAGAGUGGAAGCAUCAGAUGCAGAUGCCGGUGUUGAUGGAGUCAUCCUUUACUCCCUUGAAACUCCAUCUCCUUUCUUUUCAGUAAAUAAAACUAACGGAGAUAUUUAUUUGAGUACAGCACUUCCCCUAAUAAUAAGUCAAGUCAGCAAAGAAGACAGUAUUGAAAUGAAGAUAAUUGCUCAUAGCCCCAAACUGGACUCCAGGUUUACAUCUUGUACUGUUUUUGUGAAUGUGUCUUUUUCCUCAGAAGGGAAACAUUCCACAGGAUUAGCUAGCAGCUUUUCGAUCAGUCUCACCACCUCCUUUCUAGUGUUUCUGUUGCUUGUCUUCAUUCUAAUUGUACUGAUUUUAAAACACAAACAAAAAGAUGCAAUAAAUAAUUACGAAGAAAAGAAACCAUCAUCAUCCUUAGAUAUCAAUUUGAGACUGACUAGGGAUGCCAGUUCACUGAAACCCUUCCAGAAAACUAGUGAGAGCGGUGAUAAGGCAGUGCCUGUGGACUCCACGCCUGAAUGGUUGAGUUUAAUAAGAGUCAUGGAGAAGGACAUUGCACAUCUGUACAGGCACUCGAACUCCAGUGAUCACUGUUCUGUGGAAGGAGAAACUGCAGAAGAUAAGGAAAUCCAGAGGAUAAAUGAACACCCUUACAGAAAGGAUGCUGACUCAACUUUGAGUGAUCAGGAGUCCAGGGUGCCAGACUCUGGGAUCCCAAGGGACUCAGACCAGCUCUCCUGUUUGUCUGGGGGAACUGAUGUGAUGGUCACUGCUGAAACAGAAGGAACCAGCCAUGUAUUUGAGGAAGGAGCUCAAGGAGAGGGCUGUGGCAUGACCUAUGUCCAAAAUAAUGUCUUACCCCAGCCACUGAAGAAGAGAGAGGUAAAAGUGGGCAUCCAGGCUGAUGUCAGGAAGGAGACUAUCUUUAUUUCAAGUGAUCAGGAAGCAGGCUGUGCAGCUCUCUCAACCGAGAAAGACUCUGAUCAUGAUGUCAUGAUGAGAUAUCCCUGGGAUUAUCUCCUCAGUUGGGAACCCAAGUUCCAACCUCUUGCCUCAGUAUUUAAUGAUAUUGCAAAACUAAAGGAUGAGCAUUUACAUAUGCCUGGCAUUCCAAAAGAGAAGAAAUCUUUUGUUUUUCCACCCCCUUUGAUAACAGCAGUAGCCCAACCUGGGAUUAAAGCAGUUCCACCAAGAAUGCCAGCCAUAACCUCAAGGCAGGUACUUUGGAAAUACCCACACUCUCCCAUUCACUAUCAUCACAGUUCUCUGCCAGAAGACACGACUCCCGGUUUUCCCCCAGCCCUUUCCCUACUGACCACACAGACCCCUGCCGUGACUCCACUGCUGUCAGAUGGAGAAUUAUUUGGGACACAUUUGAGUGGUUCUUGCCUCGAACCUAAAGCAGCAGAUGGAGUUCAAAUAUAAAACAAUGGUGAUAUCGAGCACCUGCUCCCCAUUGGUCAUGAAUGAUUGGACAAAACAUUCCAAACAAGCUCCCUGAGACUGGGUUCAUUCAUCUACAAGUGAGGGGUAUAAUUUAGUCUGGGUUUUUAGAACCCUCUCAUUUAAGUUUAUCAAAUUUAUUUCAGUCUUAAUGAUAAGUUACUCUGUCUUUUAACCUCUACUUUUUGCUGUCAGGAUUCAAGUUUGUAUAUAUUAAGUAGUGUACAUUCUACCAUACCUGGUCUUCUGUAUGGCUAGACUUCCAAAGGUCACAGUGAACUUGACUGACUGCCAAAAUGUUUAUAUGAAAAAGGAUGGAAAUAUAAUAUACUGCAUUCUGGUCACAUUACUGCUGAUUAUACUGCUAUUUAUAAAACAAAUUAGUAAAGACUGAAUAAAGAAUGAGUGUAGGACAGAAAGUAACAGAGAGGGGAAGUUUGGAAGGAUAAACAAGUUAAUGUGAAGCAAUUGGCUGCAGAUCUGAUAUAGUUGAAAAUGCGUUUCUCCACUUCCUCCAUAAAGCACACUUGUAGAGUUAGCCAUAAUUUGAAUUUAGUAGGGCGUCUUUUGGAAAUCUAAUGAGAACUUAAGAGUGAAAUUUGUCAUAACUCUGUGUCAAAUAAAACAAAUUUAUUCUU